UCUUUAAGUUCAGUUUCUGUUUGGCAAAGGCAAUUCAUCACAUUCUUGAUUUAUUGCUUCUGCUUCACAAACUCAAUCCCAGCUUUCCAGGAUUCUAGUUUCUUUUCGAGUUCAUCAGAAGUAGAAUUUCUUCUUACUCCACCAGGAAACUACUUCUUGAUCAUUUGUGUUUGCUGAUCAUUGGUGAUAGUUGAUAGGUUUGUGAGCAGAAUAUAUAUAUAUAUAUAUAUAUAUACCAUAAACCAAUAUACCAAUAUUAAAAGGAUCAAGUUUUGUAGCUGAAGUGGUUGCAUAUCAAGCUGAAACAUCUUUUUGGCUCGGUUGAGAAUGGCAGAGGAGUAUAAAGAGAGUCUGUUGAAGAAGAAAUACUAUGAGAAUUGUCCUGGUUGUAAGGUAGAGCAAAACAAAGCAGUGCAGAGAGGUAUACCUUUCCGGGAGCUUAUUUUUACAUGGGUCAUUGUGCUUUGCACUGCGUUACCAAUAUCGUCUCUUUUUCCAUUCCUUUAUUUCAUGAUUAGGGAUUUUAAUAUUGCAAAAACAGAGGAAGAUAUUGGCUACUAUGCUGGUUAUGUGGGGUCUUCAUUUAUGCUUGGAAGAGCUUUGACAUCUGUUCCCUGGGGAAUGGUGGCUGAUCGCUAUGGUCGAAAACCUGUUAUAAUUAUAGGGACUGUCGCAGUGGUAAUUUUCAACACUCUCUUUGGCCUUAGUGUAAAUUUUUGGAUGGCUGUUACUACAAGGUUUCUUCUUGGAAGUUUGAAUGGCUUACUUGGACCAAUAAAGGCAUAUGUAACAGAAAUUUUCCGUGAUGAAUACCAAGCUUUAGGAGUAUCAACAGUUAGUACAGCAUGGGGCAUAGGAUUGAUCAUUGGCCCGGCUUUGGGAGGAUUUCUUGCACAGCCAGCAGAGAAGUAUCCCAACAUAUUUUCCAAAGAAUCUUUUUUUGGGAGAUUUCCGUACUUCUUGCCUUGCCUUUGUAUAUCAGUUUUUGCGUUAUCAGUCUCUGUUGCUUGUAUCUGGCUUCCGGAAACAUUGCACAUGCAUAGUGGAAAUAGCAUAUUACCUGAUGACUCAGAUGAAGCUUUAGAAGCAGGAUCCUGUGAACCUAAUGAAAAGGGAAAAACAGUAGAAACAGAAGAAUGUGGUCCAAUUCCUAAGAAGAGCCUCCUGAGGAAUUGGCCUUUGAUGUCAUCUAUCAUUGUCUAUUGUAUCUUCUCACUUCAUGAUAUGGCUUACACAGAGAUAUUCUCCUUAUGGGCUGUCAGCCCCCGGAAGUUUGGGGGUUUGAGCUACUCAACUAAAGAUGUUGGUGAAGUUCUGUCAGUCACAGGUUUUGGCCUACUUGUUUUUCAACUUUCUUUAUAUCCGUACAUGGAGAGACUUUUUGGGGCCAUAAUGGUAUCUCGCAUUUCAGGGGUUUUAUCCAUACCCGUGCUAGCAAGUUACCCAUUGAUAGCCACAUUGAGCGGGCUUACCCUUGCCUUGGUGUUAAAUUGUGCUUCUGUGAUCAAGAAUGUCUUAUCUGUGUCCAUUAUAACUGGCUUGUUUCUCCUGCAAAAUAGAGCCGUGGAUCAAGACCAAAGAGGAGCUGCUAAUGGCAUUGCUAUGACUUUAAUGUCUCUAUUCAAAGCAGCUGGUCCAGCUGGAGGUGGUGCCAUAUUUUCAUGGGCACAAAAGCGUCAAGAUGCUGCUUUCCUCCCAGGUGACAAUAUGGUUUUCUUCGUCUUGAACGUGAUUGAAGCAAUUGGAGUGCUAAUGACAUUCAAACCAUUUCUUAUUGAAAGAUGAAUUCCAUGAUCAGAGAGAGAUGGCUGUAUUAUAUUCGAGAAUAGGGGUAGUCUUGAGCAGUGUCAAUAUGGUAAUAUACUACUUGUCAAUGUUCGGGGGAAAAAAAAAAAGAAUGAAAUAAACAACUCAAUCCCCAUUUGUCUUAGGUCAUUGAAAUAUUUUAGAAGUUUUCCUUCUAAUUGUUUGUAAUCCAUGUAUUGUUAUUAAACAAUUAUAUCAUGAUUUAAUAAGCAAUUGCAGCAUCAGAUUUUUUUA